AUGGGGAGCACGGCUGGGGUCAUUCCUCCACCCCCCGGGGUGACGCCUGAUUUCGACUAUUCUAAUCCGAGGGGCUUUAAGACCGAAAUGAUCAUUUUUGGCAUUGGACUCUUUCUCAGCACCUUGUUCUUGGCCAUGCGUGUAUAUACUAGGGCAUGCUUGUUGUCAAAAUUUGGGUGGGAUGAUGUAUCAAUAAUUAUAGCCUGGGUUCUUUCUCUGGCUACACAAAUCGCGUGCAUGUUGAGCUGCGUAUAUGGUGGAACUGGAAUCCACUUGUGGAAUGUGACUCCAGCCAUGUUCGAUGUCUAUCAAAAGACCAUCCUGGCCGCCGCCGUUAUUUACGUGCCUGCCCUCGCAUUCGCCAAAGUCGGCCUGAUCAUCCUCUAUCACCGUAUCAUCAACAAACAAAAUACCUACAAAUGGGCGCUUCACAUUAUCUCGGCUAUCAUUUGCGGAUAUAGCGUCGCCAUUGUUUUUGCAUUGAUCUUUGCAUGUAACCCUAUUCAGAGGAGUUGGGACUCCUCUAUCACACGGGGUUCUUGUAUUGAUCGUAAUGGCUUGUACAUCGCAACGGCUGUGACCAAUAUCGUGUCGGACCUGGCGCUUAUCGUGGUUCCUGUCCCGCUGGUGUUAGGCCUACAAAUGCCGCGAGUUCAAAAGCUUGGACUUCUCUUCAUGUUCGUCGUUGGCUGCGCUACCUUUAUUACGAGCAUUUUGCGACUCACCACCCUGAUUCCUACCCUUACAGCAACAGACGUUACAUACGCCAUAGCAGAUGCACAACUUUGGAUUUAUGUCGAAGCAAACCUCAUUAUUAUUUGUCCCUGUCUGCCAUUCCUCCGACAGUUUCUACGAUACUACUCCCCCUCCUGGAUUGGCGAAGCCACCAGCUCCGGCCAACGCUACUUCGGCUACUAUGGCACAGGGAGCGCCCCGCGCAGCCGGCGCAAGCAGGGCCUCACUCUUCUACAGGAUGACAUCGCGCUCGCCGAGAGCACCGAAAGCACGCAUAGUCAAUCGCAUAUUAUCAAAGAGGUUCAGUGGCAGGUGAUCGAAGAGCACGGGAAUGCGGAAUCGGCAGCUAGGGUUGGUCUCUCACGUCGGGUUUAG